UGUUUUCUUGCCUCGAACUCACCUCUAGCCCACGGAACAAGUGCAAAUUCGGAUUCAGCAAACAUUCACUUGCGAUUCAUUUGCGAUUUUUUGCCCUGCGCGCGUGCACUCGUUAAUCUCCGUGUGAAUCGCUCCAAUCAGAUAUCGCAGCGCCUUCUCCCGUGUGCAUUUCGAAAGAAAACAGCAAAAGCAAAUAAAGAAAGAGCCAGGCAAAAGCUUAGGUCGUCGAGUGAAAAAACGAGUAGAAUUUCGAGCUAGAGCGAAGCUAAGAUCACGAGGAAUAACAGCAGCCAGUGAGGGAAUCCCAGGCAGUCCAGGACAACACAGAGCAGGGCCAAGGAGCAACACCUGGUGGUGUGUGUGGAGCAGAAGCUGGCGCGUCUGGGGCAGUGACACGAGAUCAGGUGGGAAGCCACAUCCAGACAGCUAGCCAGCCAGUCGGGCAGACAGCAGCAGCAGCAGCAGCAGCAGCGGCGGCGGCGGCGGAACUCCGGAGCAGUCAGCAGUCGAGGACGCAGGCGGGCCAGUCGGAGGAUCGGGCAACCAUGUCUUCGCCGGCGGCGCAGAGCAACAGCAGCAGCAGCCAGUCGCAGUCCGCAGCCCAGCAGCAGCAGAAUCAAAAGGCGAAUGUCAACAACACACACGACAACAAGAAUGCAGCGGCGACGACGGGGACAUCGGGCGGAUCCAGUGGCGGAGGAGCAGGAUCCGCUGCAGCUGGGGCGGGCACACAACAGCAGGGGCAGGGCGGCACUGGCAGCGGCAGCGGACCAUCGAGCCCCACCAAGCGCAGCACAAUAUCGACAAAGGAGCGUGUGAUCGACAGCGUGCCAUUUCCGCCAAGUCGCAAACUCACCUGCGCGGAUGUCUUCGAUGCGCGAACCGGCAAGCCGCAGCACGACGUGCUCAAGCAGCACUUCAUACUGGAGGGCAGGAUCGAGGAGAGCGCCGCCCUGCGCAUCAUCCAGGAGGGCGCCACGCUACUGCGCACGGAAAAGACGAUGAUCGACAUUGAGGCGCCGGUAACGGUGUGCGGCGAUAUCCACGGCCAGUUCUACGACCUGAUGAAGCUAUUCGAGAUCGGCGGCUCGCCGGCGACCACCAAGUAUCUGUUCCUGGGCGACUACGUCGAUCGGGGCUACUUCAGCAUCGAGUGCGUCCUGUAUUUGUGGUCGCUGAAGAUCACCUAUCCGCAGACGCUGUUCCUGCUGCGCGGCAACCACGAGUGCCGGCAUCUGACCGAGUACUUCACCUUCAAGCAGGAGUGCAAGAUCAAGUACUCGGAGCGCGUGUACGACGCCUGCAUGGACGCAUUCGACUGCCUGCCGCUGGCGGCGCUCAUGAACCAGCAGUUCCUGUGCGUCCACGGCGGCCUGUCGCCCGAGAUCCACGAGCUGGAGGACAUCCGGCGGCUCGACCGCUUCAAGGAGCCGCCCGCCUUCGGCCCCAUGUGCGACCUGCUGUGGUCCGAUCCGCUGGAGGACUUUGGCAACGAGAAGAACUCGGACUUCUACACGCACAACUCCGUGCGCGGCUGCUCGUACUUCUACAGCUACGCCGCCUGCUGCGACUUCCUGCAGAACAACAACCUGCUGUCGAUCAUCCGGGCGCACGAGGCGCAGGACGCCGGCUACCGCAUGUACCGCAAGAGCCAGACCACCGGCUUCCCCUCGCUGAUCACCAUCUUCUCGGCGCCCAACUAUCUCGACGUGUACAACAACAAGGCGGCGGUGCUGAAGUACGAGAACAACGUGAUGAACAUCCGGCAGUUCAACUGCUCGCCGCACCCGUACUGGCUGCCCAACUUCAUGGACGUGUUCACCUGGUCGCUGCCCUUCGUGGGCGAGAAGGUCACCGAGAUGCUGGUGAACGUGCUGAACAUCUGCUCCGACGACGAGCUCAUGACCGAGGAGAGCGAGGAGCCGCUCUCGGACGACGAGGCGGCGCUGCGCAAGGAGGUCAUCCGCAACAAGAUCCGUGCCAUCGGCAAGAUGGCGCGCGUCUUCUCCGUGCUGCGCGAGGAGUCCGAGUCGGUGCUGCAGCUGAAGGGCCUGACGCCCACGGGCGCCCUGCCCCUCGGCGCCCUAUCCGGCGGCAAGCAGUCGCUCAAGAACGCCAUGCAGGGCUUCUCGCCCAACCACAAGAUUACCUCGUUCGCGGAGGCCAAGGGCCUGGAUGCCGUCAACGAACGGAUGCCGCCGCGGCGGGAUGCCACGCCCUCGCCGGCGGAGGAGGGCCAGAAAUCACUGUCAGCGGCGGCAGCAGCAGCGGCCAAUGCAAAUGCGAAUUCAAUCAAUGGAUAAUUCUAAGUCAGUUAUCACCAGCUACAGCUAAAUAACAAGUCAAGUUAGUCAGAUAGUCGGAUCGAUGGGGCGGUGGAUCGAUGGGUCCCUGGAUCCAGGUGAUCGCAGGAUCGUCGCAGGAGCAGGAGGAAGGGGAGAAAAGGGAGGAGGAGGAGCAGCAAUGUCAGUUAGUAGUCGACAAUUAAGCAGCGAACGGAGGGAGGGAGUCAGCUUAACAGUUUGGAGCAGAGGAAUGGUCUCAAGUUCGGCUCAAAGGAGACACAAACUGGGCAUACUUACAUACAAUUGAAGGAUCACAAUAUACAGAGGAGGCGAAGUUGAUCGAGGAUAGUAGGGAUCAAGAUCAAGAGCAGAGACACCACAACAACAACAAGAACAACACAGCAAGCGUUAACGAGUACUUAUUGGUAUUAAAUGCAAACAAUUGAAAGUAAAAACCAUGAGAAAAAACUCCCCCCGUAAAAUGGAAGCUAAUUAUAAAGUUGAAUGAUUAUAGAAUUAUAUAUAUAAAAAUAUAUAUAUAUAUAUCAAAAUUUUGUGCAACGUUAUAUCAAAAGAGCAAAUGUAAAAGCUAAGCAAAAGUUUAAGAAGCGCCCGGCUUUUGGCAAGGAGUUGACACAAAGAAGUAGACAGAUGCAGUUGCAAGUUGCGCGCAUUCCCCCGAUUUAAAAAAAAGGAAAAAAAAAACGAUUAAAAACCAAAAAACUUAAAUCAAGCAAAUUAGAUAAUUUUAAUUAUUUGCUAACAAAUUGUAAAACGAAUCGAAAACCAAUUCUAAUCUCUGAAAAGUCAAACCAAACGAUGUGACAAAAGCUAAAGAGAACUAAAUCUAGCAUCUAAACAGAGGCAAAAGCUAAAGGAAAUUUUACUACUUUCGUUGUGUGGCGUCUGCGGCGACUUCUUCUCAAACCGAAAAAAAACAAGAAAAAAAAAUAAUAGAAUGAAACAACUUCCUACUACUACAACAACAACAGCAGCAGCAACAACAAUAUUUUACUACAAUAUUUUAAUACAAGAACAAGAAACGACUGAAUCUCUCUCUAUCUAUCUAACUAUCCGACUCUUUCUCUCUCGCACACACAACAUCAAACAUCAAACAUUAAACACUGAACACCACACCCACUAAACAUAUACAUACAUACACCAACAAGCGGGGCGGCGAUCCAACUCAAAGUUGAUCGUCCCUUGCCGAUCGCCGAUCGUUGAGUCGAUCAGUUAUCGUUUAUCGUCGCCAUUGUCGCCUCACGCUCUCUCUCAUCUGGUGAUUGUGUAUGUGGUCUUUAUAUACGUGCCAUCUUUGUCGUAGUCAUUAGCUGAAUAUAUAAUUAAUACGUUUGCAUGGGCCGCAGCGAUGCAGGCGCCAGUGCUGAGCCACCCCACCACCUCCAGCCUGCCACCAGUCGAGCAAUCGAACUAAUCGUUAAUCGAAGCUAUCGGGGUAAUCGAAUCUCAAGGCGCGUCGAUAGGCGGCUUCCUUCCCGCUAUCCUCUAACUGUAACCCUCCAGCAUUUGCGCCUGCGUCGCGUCGUUGUCGCGUGCAAAACCUUUUUAUACUUAAUGGAAUUUUAGUUACUUUUUAAAGUCAAUGAGAUAAAAGAUGUAGAGGAGAAAUUAAAUGGGGGAAAUACGAGUAUGAACAGAGCGGAUAAGUAAUGAAGCCUAACUAAAGAUGAUGUAAUUUACGUGUGCAAAGGGAAUUUUGUUAUUUCUUACAUUUUUUUAUAUUUCUUGUUAUCUUUUUUAUAAUUUGUAUUUAUUGUAAACUAUUUAUAUAUACAUAUAUAUAUACACACAAUCAGCAACACACGUAAUAUAAAUACAUAAAUAUAUAUUUAUAAACUAAA